UUUCCUUAUUGAUACUCGUUAAAACUGCUACCAAACAAAUUUUAUGGAAAGGUGAUUCCAUUCCUGUCAAUGUUGUAUUCAUGAAAAUGUGUUUGACGAGCAUAAUUAUGGUUUUCGUAAUAACGGACUUUUUGAUUACAUCUUCAAUUAGUGGUGAAACAAAGGUGCGGCUGGUUGACGGCCCCACAAAUCAACGAAGGUCGUGUUGAAGUGUACGUAAAUGGAAGCUGGGGAACAACAUGUGAUGACUACUUUGACACAAAUGACGCAUCGGUUGUGUGUAGAAUGCUGAACUUUAAUGUAACGGAUGCUAUUGUAAUACCGGGAGGAUUUUAUGGGAAAGGCAAUGGUACGAUAUGGCUAGACGAUGUUCGUUGCCUUGGAUAUGAGUCAAACAUUGAAGACUGUACACAUGGUGGAUGGGGGAGUCACAACUGCGAACACUAUGAAGAUGUCGGAAUUAUGUGUUCUUCAGAUGCCAUCUGUGGUGAAAUUGACUGGAGAGAUUAUGUUGGUGUGAAAGGUACUAGAUUUCGGCAGCAGUUAUCAUGUCUUUUAGGCAACCCGAAAUGUAACAUUGAGAUGUUGAUGGUAACAGGUUGUGACGGUGGCAUACACUUAUAUGUUACUAAUGGUACCUACGUAGGCUGUGUGGAAUAUGCAGUGGUUAUUUGUGACAAAGGGUUUGUCGCUAGUUCUAUGGUAAUCGACUGUCUUGAUGAAGGUACCUGGGAUAAUGUCACUUGCAUUUAUGAAGGAUUAUCAGACCCAAUUGAGCAAGAUGGAGUCGACGAGUAUUAUUAUCAUUAUUAUGAAGGUUAUAUAUCAACUGUGGAGACAACGUCACCAGGUAACCACAAAGAAGAAGACAAAAGUUCAGUGAAAGUUACAAGUGCUCAUGAACACAUUACCACGGACACAACGGACACUGAAACAGGGCCAAUCACAUGCACUGCAGUCACAGAAAAAGGCGUGGAAUGGUCAAAAGCUCUUGAUGGGCAAAUAUCUCGACAAAGAUGCCCUGUAGGAUACCAAGGCGAAGUUUAUCGUCGUUGUCAAAAUGGCAAAUAUCUGAACCCCGUUAACAAUUGCACAAGGCAGGCGAUACAGGAAUUAUAUUCUCAGGUGUUUAAUGGCUCCCUCAAUUCUACAGAGGCUUUGUCGAAGUUAAAGCAGGAAACGAAUAGCUUGACAACUGCUAACGAGAAUUUGCCAACAGCGGGCGAUCUACAGAAUGUUAACCAGAUCCUUGAUAAAGUCAUUGAAGACAUCGAAAUCAAUUCUGCUACAAUCGAAAAAGACACCGACAGUUUCUUCGAAGUUGCGAAUAAUUUACUAAAUGGAAAUUCGACAUCGUCAUGGACAAGUUUAAUUAAUGACAAGGGAGUUGGUGCCGACGCAGUAAUAAACACAAUCGACCGGUUUAUAACGAAAGUUGUGAACACGUCCAACGGAGAUUGGAACAAGACGUUCGACAAACCAAACAUGUUUAUAGAAAUAGGGCAUGUUGAGAAAUGUGUUAACAUUAGUUUUCCGUCUGCUGCUGUUACGACUGAUCAGAUCGUCGUCGGCUGUGGGCAAGAAAAAGGUAAAAAAGUAUUUAGCGGCGGCUUGUUUAAAAACAUGUCGGGAAUGUUGCCUACCACUUCGAACGAUAUCGACUCGUCAGACAGUUCAAUAAACGGUCCGGUCUUGUCCUUUAGUUUUCACGGACAUCAAAACAAGACUGAGAACGUCAGGAUAAGCUUCCAUGUAUUUGAUAGAUCCGUCCUGUUCCUUCUGGGAAACAGAUCGACGCGGGAAAAGCCUUUGGUCUACUGAUGGAUGCAGUUUGGAACAAUUUGACAGAGAAAAGGGGACCGUGUCCUGCCAGUGUGACCACCUCACAAACUUUGCUGUUCUUAUGAGCCCCGCCAGUACCUCUGAAACGGAAACUGUUCACCAUCGUCGCCUUGGAGUUUUGUCAAUUGUAGGAUGCAGUGUAUCAAUAAUUGGCUUGUUUCUCACAAUCACGACCUAUUUGUACUUCUGGAG